ACUUUCACUAUCGUGGUCAGGUGGUCUGUAAUAUAUCCCUACUGCUAUAUUCUUAUAAGAGCAUGGAACUACUAUCUAUAGCAAUUAUAUGGUACAGUUUAGUUCAUUUAAGAUUUUUACUUCAUUUGAUUCUUUGCUUUCUUUCAUAUAUAGUGCCACUCUCCCAUUUCGGUUCAAGUAUGAAAUACUGGUUUUGAACUGGUUUUUCAGUUCCAGUGUGAGUCCAGAUGGGCUAAUGAGAUCAGCAUCGGCCUGAUUGUCCCUGGGGCUGCAGGAGCAGCAUGGGGAGGCUCAGUCAUUAGCUGCCUCCAGCAGAGGUCUCUGGUGAUUGCUAAGUAAGAGAAGGCCAGUGUCAAUCUCUCUGCUCAGGAUUGUAGAGCCCUAGUGCUAGCUGAGUUUUCUGGGGCACAUGAUGCUGCCUCCAUUGUGCGCUGGGAGCAGCUGCUGGUCCCCAGCGGGGUCUGUGCUGGGACAGACCAUCAUUAAGCCCUUUUGUGCCAUCUGAUGGGGGACUUUUUCAUGUGGCUGGAACCAGCCCUUAGAGCAGACCUGGGCUCUGUUGAAGACUCCCCCAGGUCUCUCUCCUCACCUGGAAAGUGCUGGUGAUGGGCAGGAAAGUGACUGUGCACAAAUGGCCCAUCAUCACCCCAUCUGUGCUUCUGGGGAUCUGCAGAUCUGAGCUGCUUCCCUCAAUACGUUCUGUCUCACACUCCUGUUAGCAGUGGCAGUAGCUAUUAGAGAGGAAAGCCCACAGGAAUGGCAGGACAGUAACCAGUUCCUCCAUGCGGAAGUGAGAGUGAAAAGACUGGAAGGAGCAGCAGGAGCAAUAAAUGGGGAGGGAAGGUCCAGGCUCCCUGCCCUGCCCAGCUCCAUUUCCUGCAGCAUCUCAGGGCAGAUUGACUUUGCUGAGAAGAAGGUGAGGAGCAGGGAGAGGAAAAGCCAGUUCCUGCCUCUGCCUGGUCCCCAUGCUGCUGGGGGAAUGUGCUGCCCUGGGGACAGUGUCGGGGGGGAUCCCCCAAAAUGGCACAUUUGAUCCUGCUUAUUUCUGGGAUUUGUCUUAGAGGCUCAGUUACUGGGAGGGUGUAAAAAGUGUCUUGUGGGUUUAAUCCCGGUGGGAGGGGUCAGGUCUGUGUUGUAAUAAUGUAACUGAGGGUUUUCCCACCAUGGCGGAGUCUAAAGUGUCUGUCUGUAGGAAAAGAGCCUGGGGGGAAUCGGGGUGUGAAAUGGACUAAUGCUAAUUCAGAAGCCUCCCCAGUUGUCCUCCUUACCCUGACAGGCUGCAGAAUAAUGACCAUGUUUUGCUCUAGAUCAUCCCAUCUUUGUGGGGGACAGGGAAGCGAAAUCGAUGUGAUGGAUCCAGCUUAGAUGCUGGUGACAUUCGAGGAGGUGGCUGUGUAUUUCACUGAGGGGCAGGGGGCUCUGCUGGACCCCAGUCAGAGAGCCCUCUACAGGGAUGUCAUGCAGGAGAAUUAUGAGACUAUUACCUCACUGGGACUCCCCAUUCCCAAACCUGACCUAGUCGCCCGGCUAGAAGCAGGGGAAGAGCCAUGGCUCCCGGAUUUCCAGGCCUCCGAGGAAAGGAAGCUCCCAAGCACAGCAGGUGACAAGACAAAGAGUGAGAACGAGGAGGGGGAUCCACAGCAGAAAUGUCCUGAGCAAGUGGAGCUGCAGGGGACAUUUUUUAGAAGAGCUGAAGAGAAUUUUUCCCAGUGCUUGGAACAGAGAAAAGCCUGGAGUAAUUGGCAGAAGUCUGAGAGGAAGUUGGGAAACUGCCAAAGGAAGAACGUGGAUGAAUCAAUUGAAUGUGGGGGGGCAGGCAGGGAUCCCAAGGAAAUCACAGCCCAGCAGACAAAUCACAAGGAAAAGAAACCCUAUAAAUGCUUGGACUGUGGGAAAAGUUUCAGUCGGCGCUCCGUACUUACUAACCAUAAGAGAAUCCACACAGGAGACAGACUGUAUAAAUGCUUGGACUGUGGGAAAAGCUUCAGUCAGUGCUCAGGCCUUAUUAACCAUAGGAGAAUCCACACAGGAGAGAGACCCUAUAAAUGCCUGGACUGUGGGAAAAGCUUCAGUCAGCGCUCAGGCCUUAUUAACCAUGGUAAAAUCCACACUGGAGAGAGACCCUAUAAAUGCUUGGACUGUGGGAAAAGCUUCGAUCGGAGCUCAAAUCUUACUACCCAUCGGAGAGUACACACAGGAGAGAGACCGUAUAAGUGCCUUGAGUGUGGGAAAAGUUUUAGUCAGCUCUCGGGCCUUAUUAGCCAUGGGAGAAACCACACGGGGGAGAGACCAUAUAAAUGCCUUGAGUGUGGGAAAAGUUUUGGUGUACCAUCUUCCCUUAUUAUACAUCAGAGAACCCACACAGGAGAGAAACCCUAUAAAUGUUUGGACUGUGGGAAAAGCUUCAGUCAGCGCUCACGCCUUAUUAGCCAUGAGAUAAUCCACACGGGAGAAGGACCAUAUAAAUGCCUUGAGUGUGGGAAAAGUUUCAGUGCACCAUCCGUCCUUAUUAUACAUCAGAGGACCCACACAGGAGAGAAACCCUAUAAAUGCUUGGACUGUGGGAAAAGCUUCAGUCAGCGCUCAGUCCUCAUUACUCAUAGGAGGAUCCAUACAGGAGAGGGACCAUAUAAAUGUCUCGAGUGUGGGAAAAGUUUCAGUGUACCAUCAGCCCUUCUCAUACAUCAGAGGACCCACACGGGAGAGAAACCCUAUAAAUGCUUGGUCUGUGGGAAAAGCUUCAGUCGGAACUCACAUCUCAUUAGCCAUGGGAGAAUCCACACUGGAGAGGAACCAUAUAAAUGCUUGGACUGUGGGAAAAGCUUCAGUCAGCGCUCAGCCCUUAUUAACCAUGGGAGAAUACACACAGGAGAGGGACCAUAUAAAUGCCUUGAGUGUGGGAAAAAUUUCAGUGUACCAUCAGCCCUUCUUAUACACCAGAGAACCCACACAGGAGAGAGACCCUAUAAGUGUUUGGAGUGUGGGAAGAGCUUCAGUCAGCGCUCAGGCCUUAUUAGUCAUGGGAGAAUCCACACAGAAGAGAGACCCUAUAAAUGCUUGGACUGUGGAAAAAGCUUCAAACGGAGCUCAAAUCUUAUUAUUCAUCGGAGAUUGCACACAGGAGAGAGACCCUAUAAAUGCUUAGACUGUGGGAAAAGCUUCAGUCAACGCUCAGGCCUUAUUAGCCAUGGGAGAAUCCAUACGGGAGAAAGACCCUAUAAAUGUUCGGACUGUGGGAAAAGCUUCAGUCAGCGCUCAGUCCUUAUUAACCAUUUGAGAACCCACACAGGGGAGAGACCCUAUAAAUGCUCGGACUGUGGGAAAAGCUUCAAUCGGAGCUCAAAUCUUAUUACCCAUCGGAGAUUACACACAGGAUAGAGACUGUAAUAAUACCUUGAGUGUGGGAAAAACUUUGGUGAGAGCUCAAAUCAUCAGGACAGAAAUCAUAUAAGUGCCUCCACUGUGGGGUAAGUUUCAUUCAAAGAUCAAGCCUUGCUUCAUAUCAGAUACUCUACACAAGAGAGAAACCCCAUAGGUGCUUGGAUGAUGGGAAAAGCUUCAAUAACUGCAGGAAAAAAUUCAGUCUGAGCUCACACAUUAUUCCAUAUUCGAUAAUUCACAGAAGAAAGACCUUGAAUGUGAUGGAAGCUUCAUUUGGUGCUCACAUCAGAGACUUCUCCACAUAGGAGAUAAAUUCUCUCACUGCCUUGACUAGGGCUGGCCAUAGUAAAAACUCCAUUUCCCAAUUCCCACGCACCUCAGUGGCAUGUGGCUCCCAGGUAUCCAGCUGCCCAUGUCUGGGGGCAGGUUCCAGCAGCAGCUAACCUUGAGCUGUUCAGGGACCCCCUGGCUUUGCCUUGUUUAAGCAAACUGCAGGCUGAGGAGGAGAAGUACUGAUCAGCCCCUGCUGCAGCCCUGGCUGCUGAACUGUUGGGCCUUCCUGCCUCCUGCUAACCUGCUGGGGGAAGGGAGAGAGAAACUCCUAUAGAAGUUCCCUGUGCCUGGAUGAAAUUCUCCCAUCUCUCUUCCCUUCCCAGAUGUGAUGCCCCUUCCAUGGAGAUGAGGGAAGGGAUACUUGAGCCAGGCCCCACAUUCACUCUGGACACCUGUCCCCACUCCCCAUUUUCCAGCAGUCCCUGAGCUGGACUUCCCCACUUAUCUGGAGUUGGUCCCUGUGGGUGAGUGUCCCUGGAGAUUGGCAACUCUUCCCCUCCCUAAAUCCACUAAGGUGCUAGGUUCUGGGAGAUCAAAUGUGAAGGGACCAGGAGGGAUGGGUUUUGGGGAGGAAACUGGGGGAUUGUAUGGUUGAGGCUGGUGGAUGUGAGAUGCAGAGGGUGCUGGGGAAAUCAAAUGUUAGGGAUCAUGGGAUAAGAGAGAGUAAAGAGAAGAGAGCUGCUGCCUCUUACCACUCACUCCCUCUUUCCCUUUCUCUUCCCUCUCUGCAUUUGGAAAGCACCACUGAGAGGACUGAUUUCACAGGGUCCUUUGUGGAAUGCCUAAAGGUCUAAGGAUCCUGUUACCCCAAAAUUUGGACCCAAGGUGCCCUAAUAAUGGCCUCCCUAUAACUGCAAACCAGUUGUGAAUUUGGCCCAUCUCAAUGGGUGGCCUGCCGUAGAGGAAUUGCCUGUGUUUUAUCAUGGAGUGAGUCUCUAACCCUCAGCCGACUCCUCAGAACAGAUUAGUUCUGUUUACUCUGGGAGGAUAUGUAUACAGCCCUCCGCUCAAAGGAUUGACACUCAAGCAGUAAUCAUUUGAAAACAAAACAACAUUUAUUUAAACAAAUGAGUUAGUGUACUUGAUAAUUGUGAAAAUACAAUGCAACACAAGCUACAGUAGAGCGACACAAUAAACUACAUGACUCAUAGCAGAUACAGUGUUGCACAAUUCAGUACACAGACCAAUAUGUAUAAAGCUUUAAUACAAUGUUGCAAUAUUUUAUCAACCUAUUACAAUGUAACAUACAGAUCCCUUAUACAUAUGUAUAGAACAGCAUUACAAUAUUACAUGUUAAAUUACAUUAUUAAGUAAUAACAUUCUAUGAGUGGUGAUCAGUGAAUCAUAGAAUAGGUGGGGUAAAAUCCAUUCAGACGCAGGCAUCUAGCUUUAUUUACAAUCAUACCCCUGCAUUUCUUAUAAUCAAGAGAGGUUUCAGAGAGUUAUACAUACUUUCCUUUUUCUUAAAUCCUUCUGUCUGGUCUCGGUCAGGGCCGGCUUUAUUAACUGCGGGGCCUGAUUCAAAUACCCGGCAGCGGUCCGGGGCUUCGGCAGCACUUCAGCGGCAGCGCUCUGGGUCUUCCGUGGCACCACUGCUGAAAUGCUGCCGAAGACCACCAGAGCAGACCGCCUGCCGCCAGAAUGCCACUGAAAACCCCUGGAGCUGACCGUGGCUGGGUGAGUUUAAAAAAAAAAAAAAAAAAG